CAGCAGGGUAUAUAAGUACAACAUGCAUGUAGAGAAGCUGUAAUGAACUUUGCCUUUUUAUUUCUUGCUCUGUUACUCUCUUGUUAAACUAAGCAUGGCAGUUAGCAACAACAUCAUAACAGCAGUGAACUUCAUAGCACUAAUGUGUUCCAUCCCUAUAAUCACGGCCGGAAUAUGGCUUUCCUCCAAGCAAGACAACCAGUGCAUCCACUGGCUCCGCUUUCCAGUCAUCUUCAUUGGAAUCCUCUUCCUCCUUGUGGCCUUAUCGGGUUUUGUAGGCGCUUACUGGAACAAACCAGGACUCCUGUCUUUCUUCCUAUUCUCCAUGGCCUUUCUCAUUGUUUUCCUCCUAGUUCUCCUCAUCCUUGCAUUCACCGUUGCUCGACCCUCUGGCCAGUUCUCUGUACCUGGUCGUAGGUACAAGGAGUAUCGUCUCACGGGAUUUUCCAAAUGGCUGAGGGAUCAUGUUACAGAUGAUGAAAACUGGCAUGGUAUAAGGGCUUGUUUAGCUAAUUCUAAAGUUUGUCCCAAGCUUAGUCAAGAAUAUGACUCUGCUUAUCAGUUUUUCAAUGCUCAUCUCACUCCUAUUGAGUCAGGAUGUUGCAAGCCACCAACUAUGUGCGGGUACCAGUACGUGAACCCGACAAUGUGGAUAAACCCGGUGAAUUCAGUUGCUGAUGCAGAUUGCUCUAUCUGGAAUAAUGACCCUAGCCAAUUGUGCUACAGUUGCGAUUCUUGCAAGGCUGGUUUACUAGGGAACCUCAGGAAGGAAUGGAGAAAAGCUAAUGUCAUUUUGAUUGUGGCUGUCGUGGUUUUGAUCUGCGUUUAUCUCAUCGCCUGCAGCGCCUUUAAGAAUGCUCAAAUCACGAAUCUUUCUCAGCACAAGUAGGCCUCAUUCGUCAGAAGAUGAUUUUAGUUCGGAAUAUGUCAGUAUGAUCUCUGUUCCUUCGGUUCGUCAAAAGAUAAUUUUAGUUUGGAAUAUGUUAGGAUGAUUUUUGUUCCUUCGGACUAAGUUUGUUUAUCACUAGUUAAUUAUGUAGAUAUUCUGGUUCGAUAUCCAUUUUACAGAAUCAAUUUAAAGCAAUUUGGGAGUUUCGUAACCUUUUUUUCAGGUUCUGGAUUCCAUAUUCGCUAUGUAUUUUAUUGGAACAUGAUUAAGUUGGAAUCGUAUUCAAUUGUUCAUCA